AUGUCUUUCGGAGGAUUUGGAGGGUUUGGCCAGAACAACCAGAGUUCCGGCUUCGGGACGGGCUCUGGCUUCGGAGGCACCAACACUGGUGGAGGCUUCGGCUCGACUUCCUCCACGUUUGGUGGCGGUGGCACCACGGGAAACACAGGUGGCAGCCUCUUUGGCAGCAACACGUCCAGUGGCUUUGGCUCCGGUGGAGGCUUCGGAACCAACACACAAAACCAAUCUAAUUCCCUUUUCGGUGGCGGUACCCAAAACCGCCCCGGCGGCUUCGGCGCGACCAACACGUCUAGCGGUGGGAGUCUCUUCGGGGGAACCCAAACCGCUGGCAGUACUGGUUUCGGCGGUGGCGGAUUCGGCUCCUCUGGAACUACAGGUGGUUUCGGCAGCAAUGCUGGUGCCGCCGGCGGCGGCCUCUUCGGCGGUAACAAAACUGGGGGCUUUGGCAGCACGACGAACACCACGGGUGGCUUCGGCACGGGCGGUGGCUUCGGGGCUAACACGGGUGCCGGCGCCGGCGCCGCCACUGGCACUGGUACCGCAGGCUUCGGCGGCUCAGGCACUGCCUUCCAAGGUGCCCUCCCUCCUUGCGAGGGCACUGGUGGCACCCCGUUCAACCCCUUCACGGAGAAAGACCAGAAUUCGAGCACGAUGAACCAUUACCAGAGCGUCAGCUUCAUGCAGCCCUACAACAAAUUCUCGUUCGAGGAAUUACGACUUGCUGAUUACCAGCAAGGACGCCGCUUCGGCAACGGCAGUGGUCAGGCCGGCGCCUUUGGCACCUCUGCCUUCGGGGGAGCCGGUGGGUUUGGUCAGCAACAAAACACUGCGGGCACGGGCUUCGGCGCGAGUACUACGCCAUUUGGUGGUGCUGCUGCUACCAGUGCGCCAUCCGGAUUUGGCCAAACUGCAACGACCGGCGGAUUCGGCUCAACCCCUUCUAACCCAUUGUUUGGAGCAUCCAAGCCCGCAACCUCACUAUUCGGUGGUGGGGGAACAUCCGGGACCUCACAACCCAGUCUCUUCGGUGGGACGACUGGAACAACUGGCGGCUUCGGAAGCAGUACUGGCACUGGAAGCGCUUUCGGUGGCACCGGCGGCUCAUUGUUUGGCGGCAAUGCUCAGCAACAGACUAAGCCCGCUUUCGGUGGCACUGGUGGGACUGGUACAGGAUUCGGUGGUGGUACCUUGGGUCAGCCCGCGACCAGUGCUCCGAAUCCAUUUGGCGCCUCCACGGCUGGCACGACUCCCUUUGGUGGCGGUCAGCAGACUGGAACGAGUGCAUUUGGUGGUGGUUUCGGCCAGCAAAACCAAGCUCAGAACCAAACCCAGAACAAAGGCCUCUUUGGCGGCGGAUUGGGCGGGGCCACUCAGCAACAGCAACCCGGCUCGAGCUUGUUUGGCGGCACUGGUACUGGUGGUUCUGGAACCGGAUCUUCACUCUUCGGUCAAAACCAGCAACAGCAACAACCCCAGCAAGGAACGGGCUCGCUUUUCGGCGGUGCCCAACCCCAGCAAACUAGUACUGGCGGUGGUCUUUUCGGCACCUCGCAGAACCAGCAGCAGCAGAAGCCCGGCGGGCUCUUUGGCUCGACUGGCGGUACCACUGGCGGCGCAUUCUCGGGCUUUGGGAACACCCAGACCCAGCAACCGGGCGGCGGGGGCUUGUUCGGCGGCUCCCAGAAUCAGCAACAGCAGAAGCCCGGUGGCGGCCUCUUUGGAUCGACCGGAAGCACCGGUGGUGGUCUGUUCGGCACCCAAAGCACGACCGGCCAGGGCGCUGGAUCCUCACUGUUUGGUGGUACCCAGAAUCAACAACCGCAAGCUGGAGGCCUCGGUGGCGGCAGCUUGUUUGGUGCAUCCCAGCAAGCGCCGCAGCAGCAGCCAGCCCCUGGAAGCCUGCAGGCAUCCCUGCUAGAAGGUAACCCCUACGGUAGCCAGUCCAUCUUCUCUGGCCUCCCGACUCCCAACGCACCGACUCCCGGUCCCCUGGCCACGCCGCUUUCCUCCAGCGUCAAGCAAAAGCAGCGAACCCCACUGCCUGCGUACAAGAUCACUCCCCAUGCUGCCAAUCGCCUCAUCACGCCGCCGAAGCGUCAAGGCUAUGGCUUCUCUUACUCCACUUACGGCUCACCGUCCAGCGCCACGAGCACUCCCUCUGGCCUCGGCAACAGCCUUCUGGGUGGCAGUGGCAGUCUUCGUGGCAGCAUUAACGGCAGCUUUGGCCGUAGCUUCAGCAAGAGCUACUCCACCAGCAACCUUCGCAAGACCUUUGACCCAGACUCGGACAGCGUUCUGUCCCCCGGUGCCCUCCAGCCUGGCAGCACUCGCGCCAAUACUGGCAGCCUUAAGCGCCUUACUAUCGAUCGCAGCUUGCGAAAUGAUCUGUUUUCGCGCCCCGCUAGCAUCUCUCCCGCGCCCAUUACGAACGGAGAGGACGCUCAGCCGGCUGACAAGCUGAAGAAAAAGGUCAGCUUUGACUCCACGACCCCUUCUGAUGCCGAGGUUAUUCGUGUCGAAUCCAAGAGCCCCGAACCGACCCCCGAAGAGCUUGGUUUUCUUCGUUCUGUCCGCAAGAGCGGUAGCAUCAACGGUAUUGACGGCGUCGGAGAUACUGACCGUCCCGAGAUGGAGUCUGCUCGCCGCGACCUUGCCGUUGUCCCGGAAAAUGGAGAACCUACUACUGCCUCGGUUGAUGGUGUGAAGCGUCUUACGUUCGUGCCUGGCGGCGACCCGAAGCCGGGCGAGUACUGGAUGAAGCCCAGCCGCGCGGAGCUUAACAAGAUGAGCCGUGACCAGCUCAAGCACGUCGCUGACUUCACCGUUGGCCGCCGAAACUGCGGACAAGUUACUUUCAACGAACCUGUCGAUCUGACCACUAUUGAGCUGGACAACCUCUUCGCGAAAAUUGUCGAUAUCGGCGUUCGGAAGAUCACCGUGUACCCUGAUGAAGGGAUCAAACCCCCCAUGGGUAAAGGGCUUAACGUCCCGUCUACUCUCCGAAUCCAGAACUCCUGGCCCCGCGGCAGGGACAGGAAGAAGCCGUCGCCCCUUACUAGCGGUCCCCUCUUUGACAAACACAUUGACCGCCUGCAAAAGGUCACCGAUACCGAAUUUGUCACCUACGAGAUUGAAACCGGAACCUGGGUGUUCAAGGUGCCCCACUACACCACCUAUGGGCUGGAUUAUGAUGAAGAGGACGAAGAAGGUGAGAGCCUUGACCAGAGCACCUUGAGUGCUGGCCCUGACAGUGGCACCCCAAAGGCUCAGUCCGACCACCCCGCGAGCUUUGAGCAAUCCGCGACCUUCUCCAUCGAUGAGUCCUUUGUUGGCUCCAUGGCCGGUGUUGACGAUGACACCUUCGACUUCAAGAAGCGCAAGCUCGUUCCCGGCUCGUUUGGUAGUCAGGCCAUGGAAGCCGAGGAUGAGGAAAUGCGUUCCGACGGCGAGACCGAGUCUUUUUUAGAGGAAGGCUCCACGGGUUCGACUAUUGAGCAGGACGACGAGGUCGUCACCGAAAGCCAGCAAUCUGGCGACUCGAUAGUUGAAUCUGAUGAGGGUGAGGACAUGGAUAUGGCGGGUUCCUUUCCCAACCUUCAUCGCACCGUGGAGCGGGACGAUUCUCAGAGCACUGACGGUGACCUGGAAACCACCCAGCCCAUCUCGAAACCCUUUGGCACCCCCGGAAAGCCGCGACUCAACCUCAGUGGCGACUGGGCUGAACAGCUGCAACGUACCAUCAGCCCUCGAAAGCAAAACCGCGACGCUCUGCGUGAAAUCCAGGGAAAUGCUUUCACAGAUCGCCCUCUUUUGAACGGGGGAUCUCCCACGGACAAGCCGAAGGAAUCUCCCAAGAAGGGAUUCUCCAACAGCAUCGACCUGAUGAACUCCUUGUUCCAGCAACCGCGGAAGCAGAAUGCACCCUCUCCGCUGAAGGCGUCUGUCCAACCCAAUGGCAUCGAGUGGCCCUACAACAAGCAACCCAAGACCUUUGCGGGUGACACAGCGCAAAUGACCGAGACCGAAGCGGCCUUCCAUGGCUCAUUCAAACCUCGCUGGGGCCCCAAGGACUCCAUCGUCUGCGCCAAGAAUGAUUUGAACGAGACCAUCGCCGACACCGAGCAUGGCUGGAAGGAGAGCUUCUCUGUUUUCAGUGAGGCCAGAGACAUCGCGGUCAUGACAUACAACAAAGGAAGCGAGUCGAAGGAGAUGCUGGACGUGCAAAGGCAACAGUCUACCAUCCAGCGCAUUGACGGAACUCCUCUGGUCCGGAUGAGCGAGGUUGAUCUUCACCAGUUUACCUUGUCCCCGUCCAGCCGUGCCCAAUCGGAUGAGGAGCGACUGGUUUGGCAGCUGGUCAGCAUUCUGUUCAAUGAUGAGAUUGAGGAUGACAUCUCCGCGGGUGUGCCACCGCAACUCCGGUCGAAAUUUGCGCACCGCAUCAAGAAGGACCGGUUAACUCGGCUUUGGGAGGGAAUCGUCCGCGAGAAACAUGCUCAUGACCUGGAGCUGAUUCGCUCGCCCGAAGAGCGCGCAUUUCACCUGCUUUGCUCCCACCGAGUCGACGAGGCAUGCAAAACCCUAAUUGAGAGCGAAAACCUUCAUCUGGCCACCGUGGUCGCACAGAUUGGCAGAGAUGCUACCUCGCAGUCCGACAUAGCCAACCAGAUCGAUGUAUGGCGCCAGAACAAUGUGCUCUCGGAGAUCAGCGAGCCUGUCCGAGCCCUGUUUGAACUGGUCGCCGGCAACGCUCUCCUCAGCGAGGGCAAAUCGGGUGGUGCUCUCGAGGACCGAACCUCCAGCCUUGUCUUGACCGAUCGGUUCGAGCUCGAUUGGUUCCAGGCUUUCGGUCUUCGUCUCUGGUAUGGCAUCACCGAGGAUGAGCCGAUCGAGGCGGCCGUCUCCAAGUUCCUCGAAGAUUUGGCUACCGGGCAAGAGUCUGCCUACCCCCAUCCCUCACACCGAACCAGCACUCGUGCAGUACUGCAGCCUGGCUCCGACACUCUUGGCCGUGAAUCUCCGCUCUGGGUCAUCCUCAAGGCCUACUCGGCAACCACGAGCCACACCAAACUCCCACCCGUCGAGCUCCCGGCGGCUCUGCUUCCCGAGUCGGUGUCUGGCGACCGCCUAACCAACCGACUCUCGUUCCAACUGCAUCAUGUCCUCGCUACUCUCGUGGGACACCACGAUGCGAUCAAGACCAACACUGCCAAAACCGACCAUCUCGUGUGGGACUACGCUUCGGAACUCAACGCCAGCGGAGAACUCGUGCAAGCACUGUUCGUCCUCCUGCACCUUUCGCAGCCGACCGACCGCAAGCGUGCCGUGCAAGAAACCCUCGCCCGCUUUGCUGCACAGCUUCCCGACCCCUUCGCGGCCGACGGUUCCACCGACUCGGCCUGGCAGUUCCUCACCGCUGACCUGCAGCUCCCCGAGGCUUGGAUCUGGGUGGCCAAGGCGCUGCACGCCCGCGACAUCGGCGACGCUGCCCGCGAAGUCGAUUGUCUUAUCCGUGGCAAGCAUUGGAAUGACGCUCACGCCACUUUCUGUCGCAUCGUCGGCCCUACGGCCGUCGUCGAGCGUGACUAUGCCACCCUGGACAACUUGGUUUCUGGCUUCGGAGACGGCCCUGAACGUAAGAUGCGGGGAUGGGCUUCUGGCGGCGGCGUGUAUGAAGACUUCCUGCGCCUGAGUACCGCCACACGUGGCCGGCGUGACGCUACUCGUCUUAGUCGCCUGGUGAAUGCCCUAGUGGCGAUGGGCGACCGUGUGGGGAAGAGCUCUGGCGUGGAAGGGCUGGAGGAGCGCGUGGCAUUCAAAGAGAUGAGCCGUGCGGUGGCUGGCUGGAUUGCGCACGAGGAUGUCCAGUCGGUCCAAUCGUCCGCCGUCCUUGGUCUGCCUCUGACCGGCGAUGCUCGCAUCCUGCAGACUGCAGAGAUGAGUCGUCGUUACUACGGCGUCAUUAUGGCGGGUGGCUACUAA